UGAUGAAUGAGAGAUCUAGAGCUGCGCACCAGUAUGAGAAAACGUUGGUGAAUCGCUGUUCAACUAUGUGAAUAUGUCGAGUUGUGGAUGAUGUGGUGAAAGUUAAAUUCCGAACGUGUAGUAGUAAAACGCCAGUUUUCAUUUAAAUAUUUGUGGUUAGUAACAUAAAGGAAUACUUGCUACCACAGCGUGAGCCCUUAAGGGUAUGAUGGUUUCAUUUUCUAACAUAUCCGUUUAGACGAAGAUUCUGAUUUUUUGUAGUUAUCACUUCUCGGAAUUUGAUCUAAGCCUGUCAUAUUAUUCUAUACUUACUUGAAUUUUUGUUUUCUUUACUUUUUUGGUUCUUGGAUAUUUUAAGUAUUUAUCAACUAUCGCCUUCUAAUUGUAAAAACUUUCGAAAACAUUUGAGCUUUCAGUAAACUUUUAAUCACAGUGCAAUGUUAUAUGAAUUGACAGAAACUCAGCAGAAAGACUUACAAUACUUUGCACCAAUUGAGGGAUCUCUAUUAACGGAAAAGUUAAAGUCAUUCGUCUUAAAGCGGAAGGAUAUUAAUCUUGCAGAUUGGAUUGUAGGCAUGCGCCUAGUGAUGCAAUCAAAUGCAAAGGGAGAAGAUAAAAUAAAAAAAAUUGACGAUGCGAACACCGUGAACAAUGAUAUCGCUAUACACGAUAUUUUGCCAGUUCCUUCCGACGACGCCCGACAAAAAAGAUUAUUGAAAAACCAAGUGAGUGCCAUCAUCAACAUACUAUUUACAGUACUUGGAACAGCCACUGCCGUUUGGAAAUGUGCUUCAUCUUAUUCAAAUGAGAAGCGGGUUGCACUCUCCGGAAUAAGUGCUUUUGUUGUUCUCGUUGCUGACGUCUUUCUGUAUGUGCGCUACUUACAAUCUUCACCUCAGAAGCCUCCUAAGCCAGUUCAACGGAAAGUAGUUUAUACUUGGUCUACGGCGGAUUUACCUUUGGAGGAGAAGAAGGUACAGUAAACUAGGAGUUAUAGAAGAUUAUUACCAUCCUCUCCAAGGUACCCAGAUAUCUGUGAUAAUGUCCCCACCAUCUGUUACAAAAUACCACGUGAAAGCGUUUGCUGUGAUACACGCAUGUUGGGGCACAAUCCGUACGAGUUGACCUAUACGAGGCAGAACAUCUUUCGAAUUUGAGCUCCGUAAAAUUCCGUGCUCUUGACUCAACCUAUCGACAUACCAGUUCUCGAGGCCUUCCGUAAUCACAUUUCCAAACCCUGGGAUUCUGCCAUUUUCUCGGGACAAAGAUAUCACACCGGCAUUUACGAGUGCCUCGCCUGGUGCGCCUUUGCGGUUGGGGUACGUGCUGAUUACUUCUGCCAUCACUGAACAAGCGAUAUUGGAAACGGAAACACAUCCCGUCGCUGCUUGUUGUAAAUCACAAAAAGCGUAAUUACCUGUAUGAAUUUCCAGUCUUCCGUACAACUUCGGGACACUAUCAGCUAUCCACGCCUUCGUUGCAUGGGCUGUUGGUGUAGCACCAACUGAAAGAACCAGAGGAGUCGAUCUGUUUUUUUUAUGCACAUAUUCAGCAGCAACGUUGGCUGCCCUGAUUUCAUCGAGAAGAUAGUUUCUCGCUUCUUCAAUACUGCUUGCACCAUACGAGUGCCCUGCGUGACAAUAAAACCCGAAUAAGUUAAUUAUGCCAGAAGCGUUCAAGGUUGUAUCAAUCAAAUCUUGCAAUUCCGGGGAGCCAACUUGCAAUCCUGCACGAGAUGUUCCCAUGUCAAUUUUAAUAAACACGGAAAAUGGCCUCUUAAUUGAGUGUUUUUGAGCAAACUGCUUCAAAAUAUCAAUGUGCGCAAGAUUGUCGAUGAGCAACCGUACGGACUUUACAUUUUUUGAUAGUUCAUAAAGUUCCUCAAGCCGAGAUCGACAAACUGGUAAACCGUAUAAUAUGUCAUCUACUUUGCCAGACGCAACAACGGCAAUGGCUUCGCGUAUAGUAGAUACAACGACAGCAUUAACCCUUCCCUGCAACUGUAAAUCCAUAGCUUCAAUGCAUUUAUGAGUUUUCACAUGAGGACGAAACAGUGCGCCU